UUACCGUAGAUCUUGCGCGAGGUUCAUUCGAUCUACUGUCAGUUUUGACAUGGAAAUAAAAACAUUGAAAAUUUACAAUACCAGUGAUUAAUAACAUAAAUGAGCAAAAUGCUUUCGUCUAUGGUGAAGGAGCAUCAAGCCAAGCAAGGCACCAAAAAGGAAAUUCAGGAAUCGAAGCGCAAGGAGGCUUGUGUUGCUGCCAGUGAUCUCACUCAGGCUCUAGUGGACCAUUUAAACGUCGGGGUGGCCCAAGCAUACCUAAACCAGAAGAAACUGGACGCUGAGGCAAAACAGCUGCACGCCAGUGCUACGAAUUUUUCAAAGCAGACGCAACAGUGGCUGAACUUGGUGGAGUCGUUCAGCAGCGCAUUGAAAGAAAUUGGGGACGUGGAAAACUGGGCUAAAUCAAUUGAGGGUGAUGUGAGGACGAUAUCAACCGCUCUUGAAAUAGUCUACAAGAACUCACAAGAGGCAGCUCAGAACCAGUAGUGUUUAGUUUAUUAUUGUUAUUUGGACCGUUAAGUUAGACAAUAAAUGAUAUUGUUAGGUUA